AACUGGAUCGAAGGACAAGACACCCCCACCUCCAACCUCCAGCAUCAAGGAGCCAGAACCAUCACCCCCAACUCCAGGCCCAGGUACCAUGGUGGAAUUAGUUGCAAGAUCAAAUGUGGAUAACAUAUUACAUACAAUCUUAUUUUCAGUCAAAGCAACCAAAUGUUCUGGUUGUGCCGGGACAUUCCCGGUUUCAAAAAGGCUAUGCUAGUGUCCUGAAGCAUUCUAAAUUUGGGCUUUUGUCCUACUUUACAGUGUUCUGGUCCCAAACUUGGCUCAUUUACUGGAACAGGUUAUGACUCACAGACUCUAGGCUGGGUUGGUAGCAGAAUAGGAGGAACUCACGGAUUAGUAGGUCAGCCUGUGUCAGAGUAAUCGAGCGACCGUAUCUUCGCAAAAAGUAGGUGGUGCUAACAGAAGGGGUAUGGAAGCUCACCAGCCUUUCGGGUUGACACUCAAUGAAAAUUCGGCAGCUCUAUGUACUGUCCAUUCAUGAUGAAGAGACUCACUAUACUUACUGCAUGUAAAUACAUAUUUCGCUGUACACUCCUACCAACGGCACAUUCGUAGGUAUGAUGCAUUUGAUAUCUGUCAGAACAUUACCUUAUAGAAAUGUAGUUGAUAUAAACAUAGUAACCGUUUGAAGACUGAUAAAGAAUGUAUUUUUGCAGAAGGCUGUACUCCAGGCUGGUCUGACUGGUACGAUGAGCAAUAUCCGGAUGAAGAAAAUGGCGGAGAUGAGGAAUCUUAUCAGAAGGUCAUAGCCUCAGGGAAAGUGGUCUGUCUGCCUGACUCAUCAGUGGAAAAAAUAGAUUGCAAAGCAGAGAGAUUCCCUAAUACCCCAUGGCAGGAAUUGGGCCAGACGAUCACAUGUGACAAGAGCACAGGCCUGAAAUUUUCUAAUGAUGAUCAAAGCAUGUUUAUAUGUUACAACUACAAGGUCAGAUUCUGCUGCUCCAAAUCAGGUGGCCCCCCUCCACCACCCAUUACUCAGGCCCCAACCAAAGGGGCCCUUGAGAAACCACCAACAGCAGCUGCUCCGGAAACAACGAAAAGGAAACCAAAGUCCCCACCAGUGCCUAAAGAGACCAUCACUAUCGGUGAAGAAUUGAUUGUUCCUGCAACACAGCAACCAAUUGAGGCUACAAAACCAAAUGAAACACCCACCAAACAAGAAGAUUGUGCUUUAGGCUGGUCUGACUGGUACGAUGAUCAAUAUCCUGAUGAAGAAAAUGGCGGAGAUGAGGAAUCCUACCAAAAGAUUAUAGACUCGGGGAGAGAGGUCUGUCUGCCUGACUCAUCAGUGGAAAAAUUUUACUGCAAAGCAGAAAGAUUCCCGAAUACCCCAUGGGAGGAAUUAGGCCAGACGAUCACUUGUGACCAGAGCACAGGCCUGAAAUUUUCUAAUGAUGAUCAAAGCAUGUUUAUAUGUUACAACUACAAGGUCAGAUUCUGCUGCUCCAAAUCAGGUGGCCCCCCUCCACCAACUCCAUCUAAAGCAAGCCCAGAACCAACUGCAUCGAAGGACAAGACACCCGCACCUCCAACCUCUGGCAUCAAGGAGCCAGGACCCUCAAACCCAGAAGGGCCAGUAACACCGAAACCCCCGGUUGAGGAAAAGCCAACAAAGGCAGCAUCAGAAGAAAGUGGCCCUCCUCCUGCAAAACCAACUCCAUCGAAGGAGAAGUCACCCCCACCUCCAACCUCUAGCAACAAGGAGCCAGAACCAUCGCCCGCAGAAGGUCCAG